GCCUUUUGUUCUCAUCUGCUUCCCUGGCGCUGUCAGCUGAGCUGCUGGUAGUAACUGAAUCGGCUGUGAAUAUUUUUCAUUGUUAUGGAAAGCAUUCAGUUUUAAAAUCCAAUUUCUUUACUAACCGUUAGUUCUGGCUGUUUACAUUUUCUCAGGAUCUCUGUAUCAUCUGAAAUCUGGAUUGGUGAUUCAUUCAUGAUUCAACUGUCUAUGCCUGUACAAUCACAAGGCAUUUUCUAAGGCUCAUCAUUAUUGGACACUCUGUGGAAAAAGAGAACAGAAGCAUCGACAUAUCAAAGCCAGCAGUACCCUUUGAAUUUAUAUCGUCAGAGGCUUGAUCAAACUGGAUAAUAAGGAAUCCAAAUGCAUAAUGCAUUAAUCAUAUUAUUUUUCAGAGAAGAUGUAAAAUGAAACAAAAAUAUUAGCAUUAAAGGUAUGUGUUCUGCCAAUGGAUUAGCUGCCAAUGAAGAAAUAAAUUUGGGAUUGAAUCUAAUUUACUUUGGAGUACUUCCUACCUGGGAUUUAUAUUAGGACAAUUCGAUUUUAGAAACAAUUCGGGAAAAAAAUUCUAGUAGCAAAAGAAGGAUACAUCACAUAAUGUAAAUACUUAUAUUUGUGAUUUGGCCUGCUCUUUUUUUUUGCACCCGCCCUGAAUUUCUAUGACAAAGCUCACAAGGUAUAUCAACGCUGGUUGCUAAGAUGCAGAGCGAGUCAUUUGAAGAAAACAGAUUGAAAAGAUUCCACAUGUGAUUCCUUUGUCUGCUAUAUGUAUUUGGAAUGCACUGACUUGUAUGGUUCCCUGUAAGCUGCUAGAUACUGGAGCUGGGUAGAUUUUUCUUUUCUGAAGAAGUAUACAUGCCAUGGACAUUCCAAGCAUUCCUUCGACUUUAACUUGCUGAUCUGCAUACCCCUGUGCCUUGGUCCUGGAGUUUUCCCUUACUUGUACUUGUUUUUGUACUUUUGCAUCAACAUUGUAGAAAUUUUGUCUCAUUCUUAAUUCUCGGGAUCCUAAAUUAGACAUAAAACAGCACAUAUUGACUUUUGAAUGAAAAGCUUUGAAGUGGCAUAUUGAAUUUUAUCAAACUAUUCAGCAAUGUGGUCAGCACAGCUUCUACUGUUCAUGAUUCUCACAGAACCGAUGUCGUAUGGUGAGUGCUUAUCUUUUAGUCGUGCACCAAUUCCAAUGGCAGUUGUUAGAAGAGAACUCUCUUGUGAAAGUUACCCUAUAGAGCUACGCUGCCCAGGAACAGACGUUAUCAUGAUUGAAAGUGCCAACUAUGGUAGGACUGAUGAUAAAAUAUGUGAUUCUGAUCCUGCUCAGAUGGAAAAUACCCGCUGUUAUCUUCCAGAUGCCUAUAAAAUUAUGUCUCAGAGAUGCAAUAACCGUACACAGUGUGCCGUUGUAGCUGGGCCUGAUGUGUUUCCUGAUCCAUGUCCCGGGACAUAUAAAUAUCUUGAAGUUCAGUAUGAAUGUGUUCCUUACAAGGUGGAACAAAGAGUUUUUCUUUGCCCUGGAUUGGUAAGAGCUGUUCACCAGAGCGAGCAUUUAUUUGAGUCUGAUCAUCAGUCUGGUGCUUGGUGCAAAGAUCCCCUGCAAGCCUCUGAUAAAAUAUAUUACAUGCCUUGGACACCAUACAGAACUGAUACAUUAAUAGAGUACUCUUCCAAAGAUGACUUUAUUGCUGGAAGACCAACAACAACGUAUAAGCUUCCUCACAGGGUUGAUGGUACAGGGUUUGUAGUUUAUGAUGGAGCUCUAUUUUUCAAUAAAGAACGUACCAGGAAUAUUGUGAAGUUUGACCUUAGGACACGAAUAAAGAGUGGAGAAGCCAUUAUCGCUAGUGCAAAUUAUCAUGACACAUCUCCUUAUAGGUGGGGGGGGAAAUCAGAUAUAGACCUUGCAGUGGAUGAGAAUGGACUGUGGGUCAUCUAUGCAACAGAACAGAAUAAUGGAAAAAUUGUCAUAAGCCAAUUAAACCCUUACACAUUAAGAAUUGAAGGAACAUGGGACACAACCUACGAUAAAAGAUCAGCUUCUAAUGCAUUUAUGAUCUGUGGAAUUCUGUACGUGGUAAAGUCAGUUUAUGAAGAUGAUGAUAACGAAGCAACUGGAAAUAAGAUUGACUAUACUUACAAUACUGAUCAAAAUAAAGAUGAAUAUGUAGAUAUACCUUUUCCAAACUCAUAUCAAUAUAUUGCAGCUGUGGAUUAUAAUCCAAGAGACAACCUUCUAUAUGUCUGGAAUAAUUAUCAUGUGGUCAAAUAUUCUUUGGAUUUUGGAACCAUUGAUGGUAAAUCAGGUCACAUUUCUUAUCUUGUUCCCUCAAAUCGUCUAGAUUCGGAUAUUGAGAAGAUAUCAGAAAAAGAAAUAUUUCCAUCUAAAUCAUUUACAGUGGGUAGUACUAUAGCUAGUACAACACAAUGGACUGUAACAACAAACAUGGGAAGAGCAACAGCUAUAUCAAUAUUUAACCAAAGAAAUCAAAGCACCACUACAUUAUCCUUGAUGAGUGACGUUCCUAUUGAAUUUAUAACUGAUCCGGCUACUGCUGCAUCGCCAGCUAUUGCAACAGAAAGUUGUGAGGCCUCAGAGGCACGUGAAAUCAUGUGGUUUAAGACUCGACAAGGACAAAUUGCAAAACAGCCAUGUCCCUUGGGCACUAUUGGUGUGGCAACAUUCAUUUGUUUGACUCCUGGGGGUAUAUGGAAUCCACGUGGUCCUGACCUCAGCAACUGCUCAUCUCCAUGGAUCAGUCACAUUGGGCAAAAGCUGAAGUCUCUAGAAACUGCUGCCAAUAUUGCAAGAGAGCUUGCGGAGCACACAAAAGGGCAUCUGAAUGCUGGCGACAUUACAUAUUCCAUUCGAGCCAUGGAUCAGUUGGUUGAUUUACUGGAUGUUCAGCUGAGGAAUUUGACACCUGGAGGAAAAGAUAGUGCAGCAAGAAGUCUAAAUAAGCUGCAAAAACGAGAACGCUCAUGCAGAGCUUAUGUCCAGGCAAUGGUCGAAACUGUAAAUAACCUUCUUCAGCCACAUGCUCAUAAUGCAUGGCAAGACUUAUCUACAAGUGAUCAAAUCCGUGCUGCCACCUUGUUACUUGACAUAGUUGAAGAAGGAGCUUUUGUGUUGGCAGAUAAUCUUCUGAAAACUGACAUUGUACGAGAGAACUCAGAUAACAUCCAACUUGAAGUUGCCCGGCUAAGCACCGAUGUCAGUUUGGAAGACCUGAAAUUUCCACAGAAGUUGGGGCAUGGCAGUUCUAUUCAACUAUCAUCAAAUACUCUUCGACAAAAUGGACGAAAUGGAGAGAUAAGGGUCGCAUUUGCCCUUUAUAAUAAUUUGGGACAAUAUUUAUCUACAGAGAAUUCCAGCAUAAAGUUAGAAACUGAAUCUCUGAACACAAAUUAUACAGUUAUUGUCAAUUCACCCAUCAUUACAGCAGCUGUUUAUAAAGAAUCCAGUAGCAAGCUCUACUUGGCAGACCCAGUUGUGUUUACUGUAAAGCACAUCAAGCAGUCAGAAGAUAAUUUUAACCCUAACUGUUCAUUCUGGAGCUAUUCGAAAACCAACAUGUCUGGAUAUUGGUCAACACAAGGCUGUAGACUUCUGACAACAAACAAGACACAUACAAUAUGUUCUUGUAAUCAUUUAACCAAUUUUGCAGUUCUUAUGGCUCAUAUUGAGGCUAAGCACACUGAUAUGGUUCAUGAUAUACUCCUAGAUGUUAUCACAUGGAUUGGAAUUUUACUUUCUCUCGUCUGUUUACUUAUCUGCAUCUUCACCUUCUGUUUUUUCCGUGGCCUUCAGAGUGAUCGUAACACUAUUCAUAAAAAUCUUUGCAUUAGCCUUUUUGUCGCAGAACUUCUUUUCCUUAUUGGGAUCAACAGGACAGAUCAGCCGAUUGCAUGUGCUGUUUUUGCUGCACUGCUUCAUUUCUUCUUCUUGGCUGCUUUUACAUGGAUGUUCCUGGAAGGUGUACAGCUUUACAUCAUGCUGGUUGAAGUUUUUGAAAGUGAGCAUUCAAGAAAAAGAUAUUUUUAUCUGGUAGGCUAUGGCAUGCCUGCUUUGAUUGUAUCUGUUUCAGCAGCAGUAGACUACAGAAGCUAUGGAACGGAUAAAGUGUGCUGGCUGCGACUUGACACGUACUUUAUUUGGAGCUUUAUAGGACCAGCAACACUCAUAAUUAUGCUCAAUGUAAUAUUUCUUGGGAUUGCUCUUUACAAAAUGUUUCAUCAUACUGCCAUACUAAAACCUGAAACAGGCUGUCUUGACAACAUCAAAUCUUGGGUUAUAGGAGCUAUAGCUCUGCUUUGUCUAUUAGGACUUACCUGGGCAUUUGGACUAAUGUAUAUUAAUGAGAGCACAGUUAUAAUGGCAUAUCUCUUCACUAUAUUCAAUUCUCUGCAGGGAAUGUUUAUUUUCAUUUUCCACUGUGUUCUCCAAAAGAAGGUGAGAAAAGAAUAUGGAAAAUGCUUACGUACACAUUGUUGUAGUAGUAAAAGUUCAGAAAACUCUUCUGGUUCUACAAAAGCAUCCAUAUCUCGAAAUCCAGGAAGAUAUUCCACUGGCUCACAGAGUCGAAUUCGACGGAUGUGGAAUGACACUGUUAGAAAGCAAUCCGAGUCUUCCUUUAUUACUGGAGAAAUAAAUAGUUCAGCAUCUCUGAACAGAGGAGUCAUGGCUAAUCAUCUUAUUACCAAUGCUCUACUUCGUCCUCAUGGCACUAACAAUCCUUAUAAUACUUUGCUGGGGGAAUCUGCGGUCUAUAACAACACUUCUGUCAGCUUGUACAACACACAAGAGGGACUUCUGAACAAUGCCAGAGAUACAAAUAUUAUGGAUACUCUACCACUGAAUGGUAACCAUGGGAACAGCUAUAAUAUUGAAAGAGGAGAACACAUAAGUGACUGUGUACAGAUUAUUGACCGUGGAUUUAAACACAAAGAAACUGCCUUAGGGAGAAAGAUUUUAAUAGAGCUUACGUCAAAUUAUAUACCAUCAUAUAUGAGCAAUCAUGAACGCCCAUGUGAACAAAGUAGGAAUAUGUUGAACAAACUGGAAAAAAAUAUUACUAAAGAAGAGAAAACUAUUAUCCUUGAUGAUUCCAAUUCUUUUACUUAUGAUGAGAAUCUAGGCAUAGAACUUAUACAUGGGGAUUCUGAUGCACCUUUACUGCAACCACAUGUUUACACAACUAAGAGAUCGACCGCACCAGAAAACAAUGAGAGUUUUUACCCAGUGCUGAGUAAAGAGCACAGUGAUGAAAUGCAGCCACCCAGCAGGGAUUUAAUCUAUGCCAGUAUGCCUGUAAUAACUAGCAAAAUUGCCCAAGAUGUAAUUAAAUCUAUCCCUCAGACUGAUAUUUCCCUCACUAAAUCUGAGACAGAGGAUAUUUACUAUAAAAGCAUGCCAAACCUUGGCUCCAGAAAUCACAUAUAUCCGCUUCACACCUAUUAUCCAUUACUUCAAGGAAGUAUUGAUGGUUUUAUAGUUCCACCAUUUAACGGCGCACCCCCCCCGAAUAACAAUUGCAAAGGACCACCUCAUUUGGUUACAAGUCUAUAGGACAUAUAGGCUGUAAAAGUUGAACUCAAACAAAGUAGAUGGUUUAUCUUACUGAUCCAUUAUAAACGGUGGUAAUACUGUGUGUGCUCCUAAAUUUCUCUGUUUUAAUAACUCAGAUUAUUUUUUAACAAUUUUUUAGUCAUGCCUAAAUUGUU